AUGAUGGGAAAAAAUCGUCUUAAGAUGUUAUUUUUGGUUGUGACUGUGGUGGCCUGUUUUAUGUGCGGGUUUCAAGUUGGCCGAGUCAAACAAGUUACAAAAAGAUUCACUGUAGAAGACACUGGGGCGUUGGAUCCAGUCUCGCCCUCUCCGCGGGCAGUGCCGACGCGACGGACGGCAGCCAAAACCUCACCCACAACGCGACUGUCGGAUUGCACCGUGGAAGAUGUCAGAAAGAGACCGGGUGUAAUUGUGUUAACGACGACUAACACGGGUUUUCUGGACAUCCUGUUGAACCUACUUGAGAGCAUUAAACGAACCGGUGUCUGCCCUAACGUAACCAUCAUCGCUGAAGAUCCCCAAGCUUACGCAUUCUUACUCGGGAUAAGCAGUGGUCAACCCGGACUAAACGUUUUGAAGACCAGUUCUGGAUUCAUGACUCCACAGAAGCUCAUGUUUGGAACCAAGGUGUACAAGGAGUUGGUUAACAAGCGAGCGGAGUAUCUGUUAAGCUUCCUCGAGAAAGGCUUGGAGGUGAUGUUCACCGACACGGAUACGUUUUGGUUCCGCGACCCUUUCCCGUACUUCCAAGGAGAUUUCGAUGUGGCCAUGCUGGACGAAUUCAUGAACUAUCCCGAACGGAAUCCGACCUCCAGAUUCUGCGCUGGUUUGACUUACUUCAAACCCACUGAGCGUACCCUCCGGUUCGUCAGGGAGUGGGUGCUACGAAUGAAGAGGGACAAGAAGAGGCAAAGAACCCCUGACCAGGACGUGAUGAAUAACAUGCUUCUUCAUGAUCAACCGGUUCAUAUGGAGGUAAGAUCUCUCAACCCAAGCUUCUUCCCGAAGGGAAGACUGUUUAACAACAACGAAUGGCGCCGUGAGAACAACAACACGGCCGCCAUGCACAGCAGUUCGAUUUUUGGACAUGAUAAAAAAGUCGCAUACUUCAAAGAACUUAACAUGUGGCUCCCCAUUGCCAGCAAUUUUGCUAACAAAUUGUAGCUUAUAAUUAUACGUAGCCUUUUGCUCAUUAUUUUCAGACGCAAAUAUUUCUCAAUGUGUAGG